GGAGCGGCCCGAGCCGAGCAGCGGGGCUGUCGCCGCUCGGGGCCGCCGGCGAAGGCUGCGGGGAGCGGGUCCCUGGCUGAGGGCCCGCCGUGCCGCAGGUUUGCAACAAUGGUAGGGGGAGAUGUAAAUAACAGUGAAGAUUCUCAACCAUCAGUAUUUGUGAGAAAUGGCAUGAUUCCCAUGAAUGAGCAAAGUGAGCAGGAACCAACAGCAGGUGCCAAAGGUACUGAUGGGAAUGCACAAACAGAAGAAACUGCUCUCUUAAACCAAUGCACUCAGCAACCUCCCGAACCAGCAGCAGGGUCUUCAAUACCUGCAAGAACAUGGAGGCAAAUAUUUGCUUGUCCUCCUCAGGGUUUACUGGCCCAAACAGUGACAAAUGUUGCAUUUGUGGUUCUGGUUUGGGCUGUGGUUUGGUCCAUAACUGGGGCUGAGUGUCUCCCAGGUGGAAAUCUCUUUGGAAUUCUGUUUCUUUAUUUUUUUGCUGUCAUCGGAGGAAAAAUUUUUGGAUUUAUUAAAAUACGAACGCUACCCCCUCUCCCUGCUCUUCUGGGGAUGCUGCUUGCUGGUUUCCUAAUCCGAAAUACCCCGUUCAUCAGUGACUUAGUCCAGAUAAACCUACGCUGGUCUGCAGCGCUGAGGAACAUUGCUCUUUCCAUUAUCUUGACCCGAGCAGGACUCGGCCUGGAUCCAAAGGCUCUUAAGAAGCUCAAAGCUGUCUGUUUACGGCUUGCUUUUGGACCGUGCCUCUCAGAAACAGGCACAGCUGCUGUCCUUGCCUACUUGUUCCUGCAUUUGCCAUGGCAAUGGGGAUUUAUAUUAGGUUUUGUUCUAGGUGCAGUCUCCCCUGCUGUGGUGGUUCCCUCCAUGCUGAUUUUACAAGCUGGGGGAUAUGGGGUGGAGAAAGGUGUCCCAACUUUGCUAAUGGCAGCUGGCAGCAUCGAUGACAUUCUGGCUAUCACAGGCUUCAACACUUGCCUUGGAAUGGCUUUCUCUUCUGGUUCUACUCUGUACAACGUGCUCCGUGGAGUGCUGGAGGUCGCUGUUGGCAUAGCAGCUGGGGGGAUUCUGGGAAUGUUUAUUCGUUAUUUCCCAAGCCACGAUCAGGCAUCUUUGGCAUGGAAGAGAUCAUAUUUUAUACUUGGACUGUCCAUGUUUGCUGUUUUUGGCAGCAUCUACUUUGGCUUCCCUGGAUCAGGAGGGCUUUGCACAUUAGUCUUAGCUUUUGUUGCAGGUGUGGGAUGGUCUGAUGAAAAGAGGGAAAUAGAAAAAAUUGUGGGAGUUGCUUGGAAUAUCUUCCAACCUUUUCUUUUUGGUUUAAUUGGAGCAGAAGUAUCCAUUACAUCUCUUAGGCCUGAAACUGUUGGGCUCUGUGUUGCUAUAUUAGGCAUUGCCCUAGUUGUGCGAAUCAUAGCAACGUUCCUGAUGGUGUCUUUUGCUGGGUUUAAUUUCAAGGAGAAGGUAUUUGUCUCACUGGCAUGGAUUCCCAAAGCCACUGUCCAGGCUGCAAUAGGUUCUCUUGCCCUGGAUACAGCAAGACAACAUCAAGAUGAGCAAAAGGAAAAGUAUGGAAUGGAUGUACUGACAGUAGCUUUCUUAGCUAUCUUGAUCACUGCUCCAAUUGGAGCCCUGGUUAUUGGCUUGGCAGGGCCCAGACUUCUGCAGAAGGCACAGACAAAGAGCAAGGAGAAUGAGGAAGAUGCAGAGGUUGGAGAAGAGGCCUGUGAACCUUCGUAAGACAGACAACUGCAGCAGUCUGGUCCUUCAACCCUGACACUUUUGUUGUGUAAAGAUGGUGUGUCUAAUCUUGCUGGAGGAACCUAAAACUAUCAGUCACCUCUGCUAUUUUUAAAGCAGCCUUGGUGGAGUUCUAUAAAAUAUUUUUAUGUGAA